AUGGCUGUAGCUGAAGUUGCUUCUCAGCCAAAUGAUGGUCACACCAAUCAGAAUGCAUCAUCUUAUGUACGGAGGAGACGUCAGAUAUGGUUUGUCAAUAUUACCACAUUCUCUGCACGCAUGCCAUAUCAGAGCAAAUUUACAAUACUGUGCCAUUUAAACAGUAUUCUACCUACAUCAACGGUGACAUGGUUUGUGCAGAAACCAUUCAGCAAUAUAACUGAAGGCAUUUUCAGAGGAGUUAUUUCUGAUAUUACUACUACAACCGAUGCAAGCUCAACAACAUCUAAUCUUACAGUUAAAAGUGCCACAGCCCUCUGGAGAGGAACCUAUACAUGUAAUUUUAUCAAUGGAUCCGUGACACACAUGGUCUCUACAUCUGUUGACAUAGACUUGCUACCAGAAGUAAUUACAACAUCGCUGCUUCAGAUAAACAUAAUAGAUAAUGCUGGCAAGCCUAACUCUAUAAGCUGCUGUGUAAAUGCUGAUGGGGAGAACUAUACGAUAGCAUGGACUAGACAACCUGGUGCAAAACAACUAUCAGCUCCACCACCGCAAGCAAGUGGAGGACAAAACUGCACAACUUUGUUAAUAACCAGUGAUAAUCCUAAUGAUGGAGACAGCUAUGUCUGCACAUAUGCAAACAAAAUUAAUCAGAAUGUUUCUGGAUUUAUAAAUGUCUCAGUUGUAAAAAAGACUGACAAAACAUGCCCAGAGGAUAUUGUAGCAAAUGUCACAUGGUUAAUUACCAAACUGGGAAGCAACUCUGUAAUGACCUGCCCACCUGGAAGAGUUGGCAACAGGACAAGACAAUGCUUAAACAAUGGAUCUUGGGACACUGUGUUAGAUAACUGUGUGAAUGAAGCUCUGAAUAAAAUAUUGGAUCUGGCACAGUCAGUAACACCAAGGGAGACCAUGAAAUAUAAAGUUGGAAAACGGACACUAAUCUCUCUUGAUAAGAAAACCAGUAACCAUCAUUUUCAGAGUAAUCUCAGUGCUGUGAUUGAUUUGAUAUAA